ACCGUCGAUAUUCUGACAGUAGUUGUGGUGAGUGGCGUCAGUACCAUGAAGGAAGUUUUCGCCCAGAAAAGCACAACAGACCGACCUCAAAUGGUGUUCACUACUGUCAGGAACAGAAUCAUCACUGACGGCCGCACAUCUCACAUCGGUGUGAUAGGCACGUCUGGCCGACUGUGGCAGGAACAACGAAGAUUUGUGCUUCACCAUCUGCGUGACUUGGGGUUCGGCAAGAGUAGCUAUGAACCCAUCAUGGUGGAGAAGAUCGCGGAGUUGAUUGACCACCUGGUGAAAAAUGAAGGUCACCCUGUAGAAAUGACGCGUCUCUUCAAUCGGUCGGUGAUCAACAUCCUAUGGGCGAUGGUGAUGGGGAGGCGCUACCCUUACGGUCAUGUCAAGCUCAACAAGCUGAAGAAUACGUUUAUUCAACCUGCUGACUUCAACCUAAUCUCUCCUGUGCAUCACAUACCACAUAUCCUAAAGAUUUUCGAGUUCAUUCCUCUCCUAAGGCACCUGCUAAGUGGCAUCAAAGAUAUAAGUAGUUUUCUGAAGAGUGAGAUCAAGGAGUUUCUUGCCAACGAAGAACUCAGGAGUGGUGAAAACUUAACUGCAUUCUACCUGAAGGAGAUUGAGAAAAAAGAGAAUAACAACUUCAACAUGGACCAGCUGGCGGGACUGAUUUUUGACAUGUUCGUGGCUGGCAUGGAGACCACUUCGAGUACCCUUACCACAGCCAUCUACCUUAUGACUCAACACCCACAUGUGCAGUGCCAAGUGCAGCAGGAACUGGACAAGGUUGUGGGGAGGGAACGUCUCCCUUCUUUUUUGGACAUGGAACGAUUGCCCUACGUGCAGGCCACAAUUCACGAGGUGCAGAGAGUAUUCAAUUUACUCAAGUUCUCUCUCCCACAUGAAGCAAACCAAGAUUGCAAGCUUGGUGGCUAUGACAUACCCAAAGGAACCUGGCUGUUGAUCAACUUGGAUGAUGCCCACACAAACACUGAGUACUGGAAGAAUGCACAAGAAUUCAACCCUCAAAAUUUUCUUGACGAAAAUCUGAAGUACAAGAAGAACAGUGCAUUAAUGCCCUUUGGAGUGGGAAAACGUAUGUGUGCUGGGGAGCCACUGGCCAGACUAGAACUCUUCCUGUUCUUCACUCACUUGUUCCAGCGAUUCACUUUCACGCUGGUGGAGGAACGCAAACCUAUCUCAGAAACUAACCCAAUGUUCAACUCACCACCAGAGUACACUGCCAUUGUCAAAAGCCGCCCUAAGUAAUCUUCUAGGAGUACAAUCCCACCUUCAGACCAUCAACUAAAACAUGUUGGUAAUUCCAUAUAGGAUGGACCAGACAAAAAAAGCUCCACACAAUCAUACAGACUUUGUUCAUUCCUUGACACUCAUGGCUAGCCAUGUUGGAUCCUGGUGGAUUGGGAGUCUUAUGGACCUCCAGAAUACAUCCCAGAAGAGAUACAAAUGAACUCUCAUGAGGAGCGAAGGCGUCGCAUGGAAGAAACCGUUACACAGGGAGGUUAGAAGAACACGUCACCUGAAAGUUUAGCUACGAAGCCAUGCCGGGGUCAGCAUAUGAGUGUUCUGGGUAGUGCUUCCAUCUGUCAGAGUCCAUGACUCCUGGCAUUCAAAUCACUGCUCAGCCUCAACAGUGGCAUUAUUAGUGGCCACAAAAGGUAACCUUUGAAAAACAGCUUGGUGUACAUAUUCUAUGUAUAUGUUGUAUUUACUUGGACAAUUUGAUAAUUUUGCAUGAAGUAUUUGUUUUCUGUGUAAUGAAUGUAAAGGAGUAAAAGAUGAAAGUUGCAUGUGCUUGGAAGACGAGGGGUUUUAAAUUAUAUCAUUUAGCACAUAGGACCAACCACAUGAUGCUGAAGACUGAAACUCAAGUGGCAUGGUUCUCUGACAGCAGGAGGCAACAUAGUUUUUUUUUUUCUGUUGAUUAUUAUUUGACUUUAAUGUAAAAAUAAAGCCAAGAGCAGAACACUCAGAUACUGAGGCAACAUCGAUAAACAAGAGAAGCCGGGACAAGUCCCAGCCGGGCUGGAUGUCACAACAAUAGGCUACAGUGAACCUUACAGAUAAUUGCUACUGUAAUGAAGGAUAAGCGCCUUAUCCUGUGAAAUAACGGCAUGUUAAUGUGGAAAAAAAUUAAUACUCAAUUUUUUAGACAAAUUUUAGUAAUAUCCUUCCAUCUUGAUAGCCAUGAUGUUUCAAUCAUCCAUCCCGGCUAAGAAAGUUUGAGACGAAGAUUGGCAUCGAGCACCGCCUGGGAUCACAACCGAGGACAAACUGUCCUUGUGGGGUGUGGCAGCUUACCAGCAUGAGGGUACCUGCCAUAAGCACCUCCACAUUAAACUUUUUUCCUUAUUUCCACUGCACCUGUGAAGAGAGCUGAACAUAUGUUCAUUGUGUCACCUACUCCUUUGGAUGCCAGAUCAAUAAUUGUAUAUGAAAGCCAAGUUUUGGAGGGCAUUAAUUACCUUUCUUUUUUUUUAUAUAAGAAUUGGUCAAGAGAUUAACUCUAUCUGAGCCUCAACCAGAAAAAAAGAUCCACACUUUUCAGUCUUCCUUGUCCCCAUUCACACCACCACCACCACCAUCACUAAUGAACAUUUUUGAGGAAUAUCUUGCAGUAGCAGUCUUAAAAAUCUAUAAAUAAUUGAAUGUAUGUAUACACAUUUUCUUUAGUGGGAUGUGAAUGAAAUUCUCUACACUUUUAGUGAUCACUGCUAGUUCUUAUUGAAGAGUAACACCAGGGAAUUUUUCCUAGUUUCAGAGGUGUAUGUGAAUGAGCUUGAGGGAACCCACUGAUUGUUUAGAAAGGCAAUUACAUGUCUCGAAACCAGUCUUUAUAUAUAUGCAUAUAGUUAUGUAGUAUAUGCAUACUGGAAUUUCCCGAGAAGCGUACCUCAGGCAGCACCGGUCAGACAACAGCAUGACGUUCAGGUCACUGUCCUCCUGAUACGGGUCACAGGUCAGGUGCAACGACUCCAUUACCCUGAUGUGCUGGCCUGGCCAUACCACACAUGACUGCAUCCUUUGGUCAUCAAAGAAAUUAAUUACACUGUCAAACUGAUGGGUUACAUUUGUCAGCCAGGUUGUUCUGAGAGGAUUUAAAAAGUAAGUACUAGCAACUAACACAGUUCACAAAAUUUAACACUGCACCAAUGAAACUCACAAAAAUAGAAUAGAAAAUGGAGUCUUAAGUAGCAUUCUUCUUUGCACCUGACCUAAAAUGACCCGGCAAAACAGGUCAUCAGCUUCCCCUCACUAAUGACCCCAGGGCGACAGAUCUCUCCUCAUUGUUGUGAUGAAUGCAUUAACAUUUAAACAAAAUCUGCUGUGUGCAAGGAUAGUGCUUUAUGGCAUGACACACUGUGUGGAGCAGGCAAGGAGUACACGUAAGGAGCACCACCACCAGUCUUUGUCGACCCUGCAGUGCUUUGUAGUAAAUUUCAACGUUCUCUCUCUAAAGUAUUUUUGAUGCUUUUAUCAUUAAUAUCACAGUCCUUUUGUCCUCAUGUCUUGCAUCAGCAUUGCUUACCACAUUAGUAAAUUCAAGUCAGAAAAUAUAAAUGAAAAAAUGGUCAGUAUGAUCAGAGUUGCAAUUAGUCAUCAUAUUUUUCACUUUAUGUGUCAUAAUGUUAAAAGUAAAUAAUAAUAAUAAUAAUAAUAAUAAUAAUAAUAAUAAAAUCUUCAUUACACAACACACAGGUUGUCUAUGGAAAUCCUGGAGGAACGUUGUAAACGUCAAGGAAAGGUGGUGAUGUUAAGUGGGAAUUCAAAGAGUGAUAGUUUAUCUACACCAUUUUGGUAAAAUCUGGGAUUGUUCAGUGGAAAUUUUUGAUUGAAUACAUUAUGUGUGUAAUUUCAUGUAGAAGGUUUAAAGCUCUGCCAGGCUGAGUUGCAUGGGGCAGGAGUGGCAACAUGUAUAGGGGUGGUGCUGGUUGGUCCACAUCCAGAGAGACCUGUCGCCCUUCUUAGCUUGGCCCUUAAAUGGUAUAUUACCUAUUAUCGUCUGUUAUGAAAUAAAGUACAAUGCAGGGAUUCUCUCAUAAUGUAAGAUAUUUUCCCUAUAUAAAUAAAUUCUGAAAUAUAAGAUUAUGAAGUAACUGCAUGGAAGGUAUUUUACUCUAAGUAUUCCAUGAUCCCUAACUAACUCGUGAUAUAUUCUGAUCACCAGCCUCAGGACGGGAGCGUCCCCACCAAGGGCCGGUUCCUCACCACAGUGGAGACCUUGGCCGCCUAUCUAAAGCUUCAUUAGCAAAAAAUUCUCCCCUAUUCUGUUAUCAAUUAUCUACAAAAAAGGGGAUCAAUUUAAUAUUAUGCAGUUUAUAGAGGAAGUCAACAUGAAUUGGAAUAAAAUUAGCCCCACAGUUAAGAGGUACACGAGAACAGGAAAAUAAAAAUAGAAAUCCAUUCUCACAUAAUCCACAAGAAAGGAUCUCACUCUCUCCCUCUGAUCUAUGGGGAGGUGUGCCUGGCAAUGAGGCUUUGCCACAGUGACAUUGAAUUUUUAAUAGAAAGAGCAAGUGGACAAAAUACCUUGGAAAUUGGGCAAAUAAUGGACUUGCAUUUCUUUGUCCACAUCUGGUUUGGCAUGCUGUGGGCAAUGGAGAGACAGUGACUAUAGCCUCCAAUAGAAGGGAUUCCAGAGAGAUGAGUAGUGCACACAUUAUUUGUAGAAAUAUUAGAUGUGUCUUACUGGUAGACACAUGCUGCCAGGUCCCUGGCCCUUUCUGACCACUUGCUGCCACCAGACAUCAACUCACUGCUGCUGAUUCAUUACUUUAUAGGUUUACAAAGCCUCUGAAAGGGUGUUUACUCUAACAGAUCCCUUUGGUGUAUGCAGCAGUCGCUAUAUUUUGAUUAUUUGCCACAAUUUCACACUAGAUAUCAGGCCUGAUCAUUUCUUUUUUAAAUAAACCAGUCUGUUUUUAACACAACUACACAUAUGCAUUUCACAACAGAUAGAGUAAAAAAGCCUUUAAUAUGACUAAGGAAGAAUAAUGGCAAUCACUUUCCUCUUUAUAUUCCUCUAUCAGCGCAGCAGGUAACAAAACUGUCUUAGCUGCAAUUAUGAUGAAAAUAUUCUUCUCAUUCAUAUACAGGUUCAUUUUCAAUCUCAUAACGCAAGAAAUUGACACAUCAAAGUGAGUUCAAAGUUUACAACAGUAAAAACACCUGGGUGUGAAAUUCAGGUAAACAAGAAAUCUGAAUCUUCAUCCUGAUGCAAGAGAAACUUCUCUGUCCCUGCAAGGAAAGAUCAAAGUCCACUACCCUUUCCUUACAUCACAACUAUGACUUCUCAGAUAGCCAGCACAGUCGUUCAGUAAGAAACUUGACAACAUUUACAAAUUCUAGUAUCAGAGAAAACAAUACCAUACGUAAAGUACGUGUACAGUUACUAAGAUUAUUCACUCAUUUUGGAAUUAUGCCAUCGUAAUUUUUGUUAGUGUUCUUAAAUAAUCUCUAGUGUGAAAUGUUUGACUCACUUAUACAACUACAACAUGAAUUUUUUUUCUGUGAAUAUCUUAAUUAUGUACAAAUUGAAGACUCAUUUAAUUCUAAUCAUUUAA